AUUUUCAAAUUUAACAAAUGGGGUUUCAGUGCCGGGAGUUUAGUUUCUUAAAUAUUUAAUUAAAUGUGAUAAUUUUAUUUUUUAAAAUGUUACUACAUAUAACCAAACAUAUGAGUUAUUUUUUCCCGGCAUUGUCAUGCUCGGCUGUGAUUAAACCAUAUGGAAAAUUACGUCACAUUUCUUUACGUGCAGCCUCAUUUAAUCGUGAAUUAAAAAGAAGACUAAAAGCUGAACAAAAGCUCAAAGAAAAAGCGGAAAAAGAUGCCAAGGCCGCAGCGGAAGUCGACCCAUCAAAAGAAAAGAAAGAAAAAAUAAAAGAAGAAGAAAUCAGUCCCAAUGAAUAUUUUAAGUUACGCGUCAAUGCAAUCAACGAAUUGAAGGAUUCAAAUGACAGCCCGUAUCCCCACAAGUUCCACGUAUCGUCUUCCCUUGAAAACUUCAUCGGUAAAUUUGCGGAAAAAGUAAAACCCGGUGAAAUUUUUGACAAGGAAGUCCACAGUAUUGCCGGGCGUAUCCACUCGAUACGCAGAGCCGGCGCAAAAUUAAUUUUCUAUGAUCUGAGAGCCGAGGGAUUGAAGGUACAGAUGAUGGCCAACGCCAAGUAUUAUGAGAACGAAGAGACUUUCGUUACUGACAACGAUAAACUUGGACGCGGUGACAUCGUUGGAGUACUCGGAGUACCGACUAAAUCUAAACUAGGAGAAUUUUCAAUUUUGCCGCGCAAAAUUACACUUCUGAGUCCGUGUCUUCAUAUGCUGCCGCAUUUGCACUACGGACUUAAAGACAAAGAGACGAGAUUCCGUCAACGUUAUUUAGAUUUAAUAUUAAAUGCGAGUGUACGCGAAAAGUUUCAAAUAAGAGCCAAAAUAAUUGCGUACGUACGUAAAUUUUUGGACGAGAUGGGAUUUUUGGAAGUUGAGACCCCGAUGAUGAACAUGAUCGCGGGUGGUGCGACUGCUAAACCAUUUGUCACGCAUCACAAUGAUUUAAAUAUGGACCUUUUUAUGCGCGUCGCGCCAGAAUUGUAUCUCAAGAUGUUAGUAGUCGGAGGAUUUGAUCGAGUCUAUGAAAUAGGCCGGCUAUUCCGUAACGAGGGAAUAGACAUGACCCACAACCCCGAGUUUACAUCAUGCGAAUUUUAUAUGGCGUACGCAGACUACAACGACUUGAUGUCAAUAACCGAGAGCCUGGUCUCAGGAAUGGUCAAAAGCAUCCACGGAAGCUACAAAAUAAUUUACCAUCCCGACGGACCGGAAGGCGAGGGAGUAGAAAUAGAUUUCACGCCUCCAUUCAAACGCGUCCCGAUGAUAAAAACCCUCGAGGAGAAGCUCAACGUCAAGUUCCCCGAGCCAGACAAACUCAGCACCGAUGAAGCAAACAAGUUCCUGAGCGAGCUCUGCAUCAAACACGGAGUCGAGUGUCCCGCGCCCAGAACUACCGCGCGAUUGCUGGACAAACUAGUCGGAGAGUUCAUAGAAGAGACUUGCAUCCACCCGACCUUCAUCACAGACCAUCCCCAAAUAAUGUCCCCGCUCGCCAAGUGGCAUCGCUCCGCCAAGGGCCUCACCGAGAGGUUCGAGAUGUUCGUGAUGAAGAAAGAACUCUGCAACGCGUACACUGAAUUAAAUGACCCGAUUGUCCAGCGAGAGAGGUUUGAACAGCAGGCGAAGGACAAGGAUGCCGGUGACGACGAAGCUCAGAUGAUUGAUGAAAAUUUCUGCACUGCCUUGGAGUAUGGGCUUCCGCCUACUGCCGGCUGGGGAAUGGGUAUCGAUCGGUUGACGAUGUUCUUAACUGACUCUAAUAAUAUUAAGGAGGUUUUGUUAUUCCCAGCAAUGAAACCAGAUGAUCCUACCAAACACAAGGAAGAUGGAGAAUUAAAAACUGAACCUGACCAAUAGAAUGUCCUUUAAUUUUUGUAACAGUUAAAUAAACUCAACAGUUAAUUGCAUACUGUUUUAUAUUUAUUAUCAA